UGUUAAUUUAUUCAUAAAUAUAUUAAACAAUGGGCAAUAAUUUACCUGGUGAAGAAGACCAUAGUGAUGAUUCUCCAAUCCAAAAAAUUGACAAAAAGGAUCCAAAAAUUAAGAAACAGAAGACAAAGGCUGCUAUAAUGAAAAAGAAGACUGCUUCUAAGGCUGAGCCAGCUCAGACUAAAUCUGGCCAGACUUUCCAGGCUUCUGAAGCAAUGAAAAGCUCAGAUUUUGCACCAGAUCCAGAGCUUGAUCAAGGAUUCCCUGAGGAUAAAGUUGAAUUCUCAACAAAACCCUGCUUAGAAGGUAUUGAAGAUGAUUACACUAAGGAUAAAGAAGUUAAGAGAUUCAAAAAGAAGAAAGGCAAUGGAGUUGAAGAAGCCUAUGAAGGGGAUUCUGACUUUGCAGAGCCUGAAGUGGUGAACUAACUUAACAAAAUUGAAGAAUAUUAACCAGAUUGAAGUUUCAAUAUUCAACACUGUCACU